CAAAACAGCUAUAAGUACUGCACUGAAGCUGGCCCUACUUGCAGCAAUGUCCAUCUUCCAAUCCUAUUCUAUUCCCGCCAGGCGAGCUACUUCUGUCCCACCUCGUGAUACUUGACCAAUGGCUCCCUCAAUCCUCAUCGCCGGCGCGACAGGCAACACCGGCCGAAACGUCGUCAAAACCCUAUCCCAACUACUAGCAACCACCGCAACCCUACCCAACCACCGCAUCAUCGCCCUCACCCGCUCCGCCCAGAGCCCGAUCGCGCAGCAGCUCGCCCAGCUCCCCGGCGUAGAACUCCUCGAGCAGAACUGGAUCGACCUGACCCCAGCCUGGCUCCAAGAACACGAAGUUGUGCGCGCGUUCAUCGCCUCGCACAACCAACCGAACCACUUUGCCGAGGAAUCGAGCUUCCACGUUGCGGCCCGGCGCGCCGGGGUGCAGUACGUGGUGCGCAUCUCGACCACCGCGGCGAACGUGCGCCCGGACUGCGACGCCUACUACGCCCGGGCCCACUGGGCGAUCGAGAGCCUCCUCGGCUCCCCGGAAUUCCACGACCUGCAGUGGACCUCCCUCCAGCCCAAUAUUUUUGCCGGGUUUUGGCUGGCCUCCGCCGCGGAGUUCAUCAAGCACUCCCGCACCACGAACGGAAAGCAGGGGAUGCUGAGGCUGAUGGCCUCCGAAACGGCGCCGGUGGGCAUCGUCGACCCCGAUGAGGUGGGCGCCUUUGCGGCGCACCUGUUGGUCGAGGCGGACCCCGCGGUGCACCAUCGGGCUAGGUAUGUGCUGAACGGGCCUGUGGAUGUCACCGGGCGGGAGAUCGUGCAGAUGGUGGGUGAGCGGGUCGGGGCGCCGGUGGAGCGGGUUCGCUACGAGGACUUGUCGGAUCUCGAUGCGUAUCUUGAGCAAGAGUACAUGGGGACCCCGCAGUCAUCGCGGAAUGUGGUCUGGUCGGUCAAGCAUGCGCUCAGAACGGCGUGGGAGGGGAAGUGUGCGGCUUCUACUACAAGUAGGGAGGUGCUGGAGAUCGCGGCGCCGAAGCAGACACCGGCCCAGGUCCUGGAUGAUUUGCUGAAGGAGUAGAGGGAGAAUCACUCAUCUAUCAGUAGUGGUGGGUGGACCUGGGAUAGACACCUAUGCUUCGCCUCUUGGGGAACAGCCUUCUCAGUGAAUACGCUGCUAAACAGUUGCAUUAAUUCAGAAAUUCCACCAAUUGAUUCAAGUAUGACUUCAGUUUCACCAGGAAACGAUCACGUAGUAGCAUGACCGACGGAAAAAG